CAUUUUCCGGUUAUGGAAUUAUGGGAAGACAGAUGUUCAACAUGGCGACCGAAGACAGGGGAUUCCCUCCAAGAAUGGUGCAUUGUUCGAAGUUUCACAUGACAUAGCAUCGAGAAGGGAUUAUAUGUGACAUUGCACACGGAAGUGUGAAAAAUAGAUUGCAAUACACAAUAUCGCAUGUGUCAUAGUAGCUUACGAUGCAUGUUAUUAUGAUUUUGAAUGGCAAAUCAUAGUGUUAUUCCGUCGAGAAAAGUUUCAACAAGUUGUAAGUUUACAAUUUUGGCCAUGUUUUCUUCCACUAUCGGACUAUAACUGCGUGAUUCAGCAUCUCAUUCAUCGUGUCAUCCUGUUUGAUAAUCGCAGACGGUUCUGUUUGUUAUAAGAGAGACGUUGUGUUGCAUGUUGCUGUUUUGAUGGGCAACUCUCCUUAUAUUGGGGAGGCAUACAUACUUGUUUAUCAAUAUCAUGCGAUAGUGUUGUGUACAUGUCAUUAGUCAUGCAAAUCCACACAUAACAAUGCCUUCAGGACGGAUGAUUUGUUUUGUGUGUGGAAGCUUAGGGGCUGAAACAACACUGAAUAUAAAACCACAGGAAAGGGGCCCCUACUUUCCAUUUCUGGAAAACCAUGAUCCUCCCAAGGGAUGCCGUCUACCGAAGAAGGAUGGGCGGGUGGAUUCUUGUCGAGUAUGCUAUAUGUUUUUGAGCCAACAGUGGGAAACUUAUGAACGAUCAAGAACCCCGGCAAUUAAGAGGCUGUACUGGCUGAAAAGAUCUGAUAAUGGACAUUUCACUGGAGCAGAGAUGAGGAUACAAGGAGAGUAUAUUGCUCAAGUGAUGGGUCUGCAGUAUCAGCCGGGUGUUUUUGAUGGAGGAGCUUCUCCAGGAGAAAGUCGUCCAGACAAUUGCUCGCCAGUAUCUGUGCAACGCUCUGACGGAAGGCAGAGUUCUGAUUACAUUGCCCAACCACAGGUUGCUAUACCAACAAAUUUCAAGCAAUCACAGGGAAGUAAAGCCUCAUUUAGUCAUGAGAGCAGGCAUCUUGUUCCACAACAAGGGGCUAACAAUUCAUUGAGGAAUAUUGACACUGCUCCACAGCGGAGUGCACUUGCUGACGGAGCCUUGGAUUUGUCUGUUACUACUAAGAAAAUGCCAGAAGGAGGUAGAUUGAAACUUAGUCACGAAUCUGAAAGCAUUAAACAUAUUUGUUGUUUUAUCUGUACUAAAGAAUGCGGCAUUAAUCAGAGCAAGCUUGUCAGCACCUGCCGACAGCCAACUAGCGAGCCUUACUUUCCAGUUUUGGGACAUUUACCUCAGGCAAAUAACCCAAAUGCUUUAACCAAAAAUGGCCAGGUUAGAGUGUGUCUCGGGUGUAAGAACCUUCUGUACCAGCAAUGGCAGGCCUAUGAGAUGUCUGGUAUCCCUAUGCAACACAGGACUUAUAAACUGUACGAUGAUGUAUCUCCUCUGAUGGGGACAGAAGGGAAUGGCAGUCUGAAACCACGAGAUGAUCAGGACACAAAACCUCCACAAGCUUUCCAACAUGUCUGCUAUCUCUGUGGACAUCUUUAUCCUAAGGAACUCAUUCAGCCUUUGUACACUAUUCCACCCUGCCAUCAGUCACUCGGAACUCUUUUCUUUCCAUUUAUUCGAGAUCUUCAGAGGCCACAGGGAGCACAUCCUUUAAAAUCAGAUGGUACCGUACUGGCUUGUCGUAAUUGCUUUGGUGACUUGUACCAACAAUGGCAAGUAUUUGAGGCAGAGGGUGCACCUCUGUAUCGACGUCCAUAUUCACUUUCAUUUCUGAGUAAGAAAAUAACAUCUGAGUCUGGAAAUGUUGUACAGCCAAAAAUAAAACAGGAAGUGGAGACAAAUGAAGGUGAGGGUGGUCCUUCUUCGUCUUCCUCAGAUGUAAGUCAGCCCCUUAACAUUCAGAUCACAGAGAGCUCCACAGCACUAGAAAGCAGUACUUCAAAGUCCAACACUGUAGGCUCCCAGGGACUUCUGGCUAUUGCCACCCAAGGCAUUGGGUCUGUGGCAUCUAACCUCACUAGCUCAGAACCUCCUUCCUGGUCUGUGGCAGAACAGAUGAAGAAACAGCAAAAUCAAGAACAAAAAAGUUUAACUGUCCCUCACCCACUUCAACAGGUGUCAGCAAUUCCGAAAAAAAUCUGCUUUUUAUGCGGCACAAAAUCUAGAAUUUCGAAAAUGCAUGUUUUAUGUUCAUAUCCGACUCGCCAUGAAGCUAAAGGAGCAAACAGCCAGAUAGUUCCCUUUUUUCCGUUUUUGGCAAAUAGAGAUCCGGCACCGAAAGCAGAGUCCAUGUCUGAAGAUGGAACUGUCAUGGCAUGUAACAUUUGCUAUCAUGCUCUAUUGAAACAGUGGAAUGAACAGGAAGAGUCGAAAAAUCCUGCUGAAAAUAAUCGUUGGCUGAGGAAAUAUACCGUUCCUGAGAUGAUUGGCUGUUACGUGUGCUCUAAAAAUGUGAAGCGUAGGAACACACAAAUAAUAAGUAUUGCUCAAUUUCCGAGUCUGAAGGACCAUCCUGUCCCAGCCAAUGCCUUGGUUGUGGAUGGUGGUGAGGGCAUUACCGCAUGCGGUAUCUGUUCCAACAGCCUUGGACUCCAGUAUGCUGAGUUUGAGAGGAUGGGCGUCCCCAUUGAAAUGAGGAAGUACAACUGGGUCAAUGCUAGCCAGAGUGAUGCUGCUGAGGAUCAAAAGGCAGACAACCAGAAUGAACAGGAUGAAGGUGAGGACAACCUACUGCUGAAUGUUGAUGAGAAUAGUUCUGACAGCCAGGGCAGUGGUGUUGAUAUGAGGCAGACUGACAACAGUACUAGUUUGGGCCAGGGCUCUAAGCCACCUCCCUUGACAAUGAUCAGCCCCGCAGGAGCUAAGUUGUCCAGGAACACUGCCACUGUGCCACCACUGAACCAAGUAUCGCCUAGCAACGGUGUCACUUCCAUCGGGGCCAACGCAGCCCUGAACGCCACCAGGACGUCCAGUUUUGCUGCAGCUCUCCGUAAACUUGCUCAUCAGGCAAAAGAUCCAGAGGAAGGAAAUAGCAGUAAACAUCCCCCCACCCCAGGGAGCUCCAGCACUAGCCCCCGGGCAGUCACACCGAAGCGAGGUCCCCCACCCUUGGUCUACAGUAGUCACUCCUCCUCGCUUACCUCACCGCCUGUUGUUACCAUAGCGCCCACACAGUCACACCCCACCCUCGUCAGCAGUGAGGCAAAACAGAGUCUGGAGCGAGCACAUUCGGUACAGAGCACCGCCUCAUCUGCGUACGACCCACUCAGCAUCAAACAAGAUCGUGAUAGGCCUCAGUCUACCCACUCCAAUCGUGAUGAUGACCGGAGUUCAUUAAAGGACGCCACCCAGUCACGAAGACCACAUUCUGGUCACAGCUCAACAUCUCCGGCAGCUAGCAGAGAGGAACUUAGUAGUCGUGGUUUCCAGCCAUACCGCCCGGGUGAAGAUCUGCGGCAUCAGUUGCCACCUACGAUGUUUGGCCUUGACCCAUCGGCCUACCCCUACCCCACGGCCUUCAUGCCCUCUCACUUCCCACACCCUGCCUUCAGGUUUGAUGACCCUGUGUUACUGGAGAGGUACCGGAUGAUGCAGCCCCCGUACCUCCAGUUCCCCCACCCUGGGAUGAUCCCUCCCCCAGGGGUCCACCCAUUCCUCGCUGCUGGCAGCAGGUACCCCUCCGAGCUCCUUCAUCAGCAGUUCGCAUUUGGGUCCCAGUCGUCACGUCUUGGCGAACACAUAUCACCAGCCUUGUCUGAAAGACAACGAUUAGAAGAAGAAAGGUUACGAGAGAUGGAACGAGAGAAAGAAAGGGAGCGGGAACGAGAGCGUGAGCGGGAGAAGGAGCGCGAGGCAGUGUUACAGAGAGAGAGAGAACGAGCACGUGAACGUGAGAAGGAAUAUGACAAAGAAAAGGCACGAGACCUGUACUACACUCAUCAGGCAGAGCUCCGACUCGAUCCCCGGAGCCAGGAGAGCCGGGGGCGUGGGGACGGUCCACAUGGCAUGGCAAAUCAGUCCCGCCUGGCUAAGGCCGAGGACAGCUCAGGGUCUAAGUACAGUUCUACAAUGCAUGGGAGUCAGCGAGAUCUGUAUGGCGACAGAACAGAAAAGGUUCACCCCUACAAUGAUCACCCACCGCGGAUGGAGGCAGACAGGGACAAAUAUGGCCGCGAGUCAAAUUAUGACGACCGCAGGAAGUCAGACAUUCAUCCUCAUUCCAGUGAACAAUCUUUGCUCAAGAACCUAGACAAACAUGAGUAUGAGAAGAGGGCAUACUCGUUAGCAUUUGCAGACAAACAGAACAUGGUGGACAAAGAGAGACACCCCUCGUCUCAUCCGCCUCCUUCCUCACAGUACUCAUCACUUCACCAUGCUGAUCUCGCCCAUAAAACAUCCAAAGACUUCUUCCGACCGUUUGACACGGCUAAUAUUCUUACCAACGGCUUCAAUGGUUCUCAUGAUUAUGAUAAAUACUCUGUUCAUUACAGCAAGGCUAGCGACAGGACAAGCAAGUCUCCGGCCGCCAUGAGUCGCUCUAGUCUAGAGGCCAGUCAGGAGCGACGGGCCAUUCUUGAGGAGUCUGUCUUGCAUAAUAAAGGUCCACGAGACAGCUACCUGUCUCACAGACGGAUGUCUGAGGAGACAAUGUCGUCGGGGCGUAAGUCUGGAGAGGAAUCUUUACUGCUGAGGUCGACUGAAGAACUACAACGGAGAUUCUCAGGUGUUGAUCGGCGGAAUCGGAGGACACCAGAGGAAGUGUCGUCAGGUGCCAGUCAAAACGAAUACAAACACUUUCUCAACAAUAAUAUCCUACUGAACAUGGAGAAAAAUAAUCAGGAUUCUAAAUCAUUACAGAAAGAGAUUAUGUCUGAUUCAUCAAAUUGUCAAGGAAAUUCCAAUUUGGAUCACAAAAGUUCGACAGCUUUGCCGUCAACCUUUCAUUACCCAUACGUGAAACAUAUACACUCAGUAGUCAGCAGAUUGGACACGGAGGAACGUAAACUCAGGGAGAAACGUCAACAAAGUGACUACGAUAGUGAUGACACUGAUGUCGAAUCAGAUGACGAGGAAAUCAAGCGGCAACGACUUUUAUUUAUUCGCAGCGGACCUCCUCUACCACUGGAUACCUCUAAACCCAAGAUAAAGUUUUUAAAACAAUUAGGCCUUACCUCGCAACGAAUCAAGAGGGAUUUAGAUCAUCAGAAGAUGCGUAAGCGGAGGCGGUCUCUCCGUGAGCGCAGUGUCAGUCCAGUACAGAUGGUGGGCGGGGAAUCUGCCGAGGAGGCCGCCCCCAGUCUCUCCCACUCUAAGGAUCUCAACUCCGAUCUCAAUUCGGACGCCCUGUGUCAAGAACGUGACUACCCAGAGAAGUGUUCCUUCCUCAGCUCCAUGAAACUCAGCACUAUAAGUCCAGACAAGAAAAAGGAAAUCAACCACAUCCAGCAAGUAUGUGAGAUAGACAGGUUACGGCGACUGACAAACUCAGGUUUGAAAAGAAAGUCCACUGAAAACUCGGGAGAACGUAUCAUUGGGUCAAAGAUGUUACUCCUGGACAAGGAGGGAGGCAAAGCCAAGUCUCGUCACAGUCUCAUGCCAGGCAAAACAUUCAACACGGCAACGGAUAAGACAGCCAUUUUGUUCCCAAACAAGAACAAAAAGAAGAUGCUCAGUCGAGAAUUUGCUCAGGAAUUCCACGAAUCUGUUCUUCAGACAACACGUCAGAAGGAACUUAAUAGUAGACUAGCUAUGGCACCGAGUCGACCGGUAGAUAUGAAGAUGUUCCCUGGUAAAGGGGAGGUAACCAGUAUGUCUCGACUGGUCAGUAACUCAGGCAGCAGCAGCAGCAAGGCUGGGACGUCAGCCGUAGGGUCAGCUGGAUGUCGGACUGACCACGAUACAAAUGGAGGAGUACCACGGUGGCCCGGUAUUGACAGUCUGCUUGAGGCUUACCAGAACCACUCAGACGAACUAAAGCUGGAACGAAGCAUCUUGAUGGACCGUUGUCAGCAUCUUCAAACUGACAACCAGGAUCUCAACAGGACGGCCGAGAGUCUCAGCAAACGCAUGGCGGAGUUGAUAGAACAGAAGAGACUGGCAGCCAAUGCCAGAAGCAAGCUACAGGAGUCUUUAGACAGUCUGAAGAAGUGUACACGGGACAUUCGGUGAUAGUUGGAGUCUAGAUCUACAAAUUACCCUCCAAUUGUGAUAGCGCAAUAUCUUAAAAGUGGACCAUGUGCAAAAUUACUUUUAAACAACCUAUGAACAAAGACUAAAAAAAAAAAUUAUUGAUGCAUAUAUAUAUGAAAUAUAUUAUAUAUAUUAAUGAAUUAGAAUUAAUCCUAACGGGAUUAACUCUUGACAGCUGAUUUUCUUUUACUUUUCUGACUUUUUAUUUUAUUUGUCGUGUACAUGUGAUUCUGGAUCAUCGUCUUCAUUUUCAUCGUAAUUUAUCAGGAGCCUAGAUCAAUGUCACUGCCUAGCAAAGAGGACAUGGUUUCAUUGUGUUUAUCAUCCUAUUUAAAACCAUUGCUAUAGUAUCGGGUACGUGUUGGAACCAAAGGUUUUAUUUGUUUCAAGAAUCAUGGAUUUAUAUCUACAGUAUAUUAUUUUGCAAGAAAAUGAACCAUGAAUUGUUUUUGUAUCUCUUUAUAAUUUUAAUUUCUACAAAAAUGUGUUGAUCAUCGAGUUAGUACGAUAACUAGAUACAUACACGGACUAUCUGCAUGUCUAAACUCGAUUGUGUUUGUUUUACGAGUGAUACUGUAAUGCUGCAAUUUUAUUGCUGUAUUUAAGAUUUUAAGUCUUAAAAUAUUGAGACAAGGAUAGCAUUGUUAAUAUAACACUCUUUUAAAGGAGAUUCCCUGUGCUGGUGUACAAACUUGAUGAUGGAAUAGACAAUGGGUGUUUCCAUUAAAAACAUUUCUUUGGAA